AUGAACAAAUAUUUGGGCAAAAGGCUGGUAGUGAAUCAACCAUUUUUGCAAAUUGAGGUACUUGAUGAAAAAGAGAGAUUAACUUUGAAGAAGAUGAAGACAAUAUUGAUUCUGAGGAAGACCUGGAUCAAGGAUAUGAAAAAGAAAAGAUGCACCUUUGGUAAUGGUGGUACAAACCAAACAAGUCUUCUGUCUAUCCUCAUUGCAGAACAAACAACAAAGGUGAAGCAAAAUAGAGAAUACUUUUUCUCCUCUGAUAGAGAAGACACCAAAAAUCCUGAUCAAAAGUCCUUAAGGGUAUCCAAUCUUGUUCCUGAAGAACAUAUUAGAAGACAAGAUUUUGCCCUUUGCGCCUCAUGGAGUGGAGCAAGCACCAGCUUCAAAAAAUCAAGAUUGACUUGGAAUGUCUCAGCGCACAGCAUCAAACAAGACAAAAGAUCAAACAGAAACAUGUAUCAACAGAAGCAGUUGUAG